AUAAGGAACUAUAUUCAAAAUCAGGCAUACAGCUGUCGGCAUAUGGGUGGAUACAGGGGCCUCGGCUGUGCCUAUCAGCGGCGAAGAAAGAGAAAUGGCAGCAGUCGACGCUGGGCCUUAAAGAGUAAGAUGGCACCAACGGCCCCUGAUCCAGACAGCAAAACAAAGGUGGUCGGUAUGGGGGAAAUGAGCAUUCAAACCACUAAACGGUCUUCACCACUAAGUAUUACAGCUCUGUUGUCUGCAUUCAGAAGUGUUGUGCAAAAAUGCAGGAGGACAAUUUACCAAACUUGUAGAGGAUUCUUUAAUGUCUUCCUCUUCUGGAGAGGCUAUGCAGAAAGAGUGGAGUCCCUUCACCAAAAAGUAGAUGAGCUUCAGAGGGAAUUGGCUCUAUUGCAUUCAACCUUGAAGCUGUCUCAAGAAGCCAAGACUUCAGAUGGUCAGUGGGAAAUGCCUGAUGGUGUUCGUCCACUUGUCUCCCCUCCACCUCCUCCUCCUCCUCCUCCACCACCACCUCCUCUUCCUCCUCCACAAAUUUUAGUCACCCUUCCUCCAAAAGUGGCCUCGUUUUCCAAGAAAACUGCACAAGCUAACUCUCUGAAGGAGAAGCAAAAUGGCCCCGUUGCAGUGACUCUUCGAGAUCUUCAAGCUGUACAACUACGAAAAGUGACUGUAAGCCAAAAAACUCUGAUGUCUCCAGAGAAAAGACGAUCACCGUUGGUCACACUUGCAGAUUUGCAGAAAGUUAAAUUGCGACGCUCCAAUUCUGACCUUCCCUUAAAGCUUAGGUCAAGCCUGAGGACACCAACCAAAAACGGCAUGAGUCUUCGGGUACCACUAAGAAAAGUGAACUUAACCAGAAGUCCUGGUGGCACACCACGGUGUAACAAAGAGAACAAUGUGACUGAUUCAAGCCUGGAUCCAAGCAUGACCAAAGGGUUGGGAAACAAGUACCUGAAUUCUCUGACAAAAGGACUGUCACCAUUCAAGUGUGCCUAAAGAAAAAAUGAACUAUAUUGUUACUGCACAUUGUGCUCGCAUGGUUAGUAUUGUCUUGUUUUUGAGUGUUUUUACAUGUUUACUGUGACCUGCUAAUAGCUUCCAUUGGUUCUCAUACUGUCAUGUUGCUAUAGUAUUUUUUUUUUUAGUGACAGGACGGUAUUUUGUUACUUGCUGCUGCUGUUUUUGUCUUAUUGCAUGUGAAAUGUGCUACUUUUUUCUUUUUUUUAAUCUGAAUUUUUAAGCCGUGCUUACAAGCGUAAAGAAAAUGCACUGUAUAAAUACUGAAUGUACAAAAGCAUGAGCAUAUGCAUGGUUCUCUGUAUAAUUAUGCAGUUUAUUGUCACUGUUACCUAAAAUGAUCCUGGAUUUGUGAACCGAACCCACUGUACAAUAUAGUACAUGAUGCUUUGUGUUGAGACAAGAUCCAAAAACCCAGUACUGUUGGUGCUUUAUGUCUUGAUGUUUUAUUUUAAGGGUCUUAUGCAAUAUCUCUCUAAAGCCACAAUUAUUUGUAUGCAAAAGUAUUGCAGUAAUGGAAAACGUUUAAUAAAUAUUGGACCUAUA